AUGGCAUUCCCAAGCAACGAAUCCCUACAAGAGAAUGAAUCACGGCUGAUGGAAGGAUUGGGCACAAAGCAAUCAGAUCUAUCAAGCUCAGCUCAAACAGAUUACCACAUCACAGCAACAUCCAAGCCGCCACCGAUCAAUAUUCUCUUAGCCGAACCCAAUCAUGGUUGGAAGAAAAUCAUCGCCAAGCAGAUGGACAGAUUGGGCCACAAGUAUGAUUUGACUGGCAACGGCCAGGAAGCAUUCGAAGCAUACAAGAAAGGACACCAGACCUAUCAAUGCAUCUUAACGAGCCCUUCGAUGCCCGUCCUGGAUGGUCUGCACUCUACACGACUCAUUCGCGCAUUCGAAACCGAGAACAACCUCAAGCCGUGCUACAUUGUAGUGAUGACUGCUGGCGGCUCGAUGGGACGAGAUAUGGACAGAACACGUAGGCUUGGAUUCGAUAAAAUAUUAAAGAAACCGUUCAAAAUGGAGAUCUUAGAAAGCCAUUUGGUUGACUUAGGUCUUGUUUCAAAAGAGCAAACAGAGGCCCGUUGA